AUGUCUCCCCUGCAGCUCUUCUACAUCUUCAUUGUCUUGGCGACGUUCGCACCGAUCCAAGCCAUUCAAUACCAACUAAUCAACAAUGCCACCGGAACACCUGGUGGAACGAGAUUCGAGUACGAAAUCGGAAUCCCCUGUAGCAAGCAGACCCUAGAGUUUGCCACAAAUUUCAUAUGGCAAACCUUCAAGCAAAGUGAUGAAGGUGAUAGAAAGAAUUAUGAAGAGGUGACAAUGGUGGUAGAAAGCUUUGUUGGGGCAGCAGCCUAUGUUCUUUCCAACACCAUUAAUGUCAAUUCAGAUUAUAUAGCAAAUUAUCAAGGAGAUGUGAAGAAUGAAGUUAUUGGACUUCUGUAUCACGAGACCACUCAUGUUUGGCAGUGGUUUAGCAACAAUGAAGCACCCAGUGGCCUUAUUGAGGGAAUAGCUGAUUAUGUGAGGCUAAAAGCUGCAUUGGCUCCCUUGAACUGGGUGAAGAGAGGCUCAGGGGCUCGACGGGAUGAAGGCUAUGCAGUCACCGCUUAUUUUCUUGAGUAUUGUAACUGGCUUAAAGAAGGAUUUGUUGCUGAGCUUAAUGCUUUGAUGAAAGAUUCUUAUAGUGAUGAUUUUUUCAUGCAGUUGCUUGGGAAGAGUGUUGAUGAACUAUGGAAUGAUUAUAAGUCUCUAUAUGGGAAUUAGUGAUUUGAAUUUAGUUAAUUAUCUAAGUUGUUAAUUGUGAUUCUCAUCUUGUUUUAUUAUAAUUUUUGAAAAAUAUGAAGGAGAAAAUUUUCAAA